GCACAUCCCCGCCGACCCUGGCCCCCUCCCCGGACACCCAGAGCCACCAUGGCAGAGCUGCCGGGGUCAGAGAUGCCGGGGGACCCCACGCUGUGCAGCGGGCGCUUCACCAUCAGCACGCUGCUGGGGGGAGAUGAGCCCCCGCCGCCGGCUGCCUAUGACAGCAGCCACCCCAGCCACCUGACCCACGGCAGCACCUUCUACAUGCGCACUUUUGGCUACAACACUAUCGAUGUGGUGCCCGCCUACGAGCACUAUGCCAACAGCGCCCUGCCCGGAGAGCCCCGAAAGGUCCGGCCCACGCUGGCCCAUCUGCACUCCUUCCUCAAGCAGGAAGGCAGCCAUCUGCACGCCUUGGCCUUCGACAGCCGGCCCGGCCAUGAGAUGACUGACGGGCUGGUGGAGGACGAGACAGGCACCAACAGUGAGAAGAACCCUGGGGAGCCCGUGCGCUUUGGCUGGGUCAAGGGGGUGAUGAUCCGUUGCAUGCUCAAUAUCUGGGGCGUGAUCCUCUACCUAAGGCUCCCCUGGAUUACAGCCCAGGCGGGCAUCGUCCUGACCUGGAUCAUCAUCCUGCUCUCCGUCACGGUGACCUCCAUCACGGGCCUCUCCAUCUCGGCCAUCUCUACCAACGGCAAGGUCAAGUCAGGUGGCACCUACUUCCUCAUCUCCCGGAGUCUCGGCCCAGAGCUCGGGGGCUCCAUCGGCCUCAUUUUCGCUUUUGCCAAUGCUGUGGGCGUGGCCAUGCACACCGUGGGCUUUGCAGAGACCGUGCGAGACCUGCUCCAGGAGUACGGCACGCCCAUCGUGGACCCCAUCAAUGACAUCCGCAUCAUCGGCGUCGUCACCGUCACCGUGCUGCUGGCCAUCUCCCUGGCUGGCAUGGAGUGGGAGUCCAAGGCCCAGGUGCUUUUCUUCCUCGUCAUCAUGAUCUCCUUUGCCAACUACUUAGUGGGGACACUGAUCCCCCCAUCUGAGGACAAGGCCUCCAAAGGCUUCUUCAGCUACCGGGCGGACAUUUUUGUCCAGAACUUGGUACCCGACUGGCGGGGUGCAGAAGGCAGCUUCUUCGGGAUGUUCUCCAUCUUCUUUCCCUCGGCUACAGGCAUCCUGGCAGGGGCCAACAUCUCUGGGGACCUCAAGGACCCUGCUGUAGCCAUUCCCAAGGGAACGCUCAUGGCCAUUUUCUGGACCACUGUCUCCUACCUGGCCAUCUCGGCCACCAUCGGCUCCUGCGUGGUUCGCGAUGCCUCCGGGGUCCUGAAUGCCACGGUGACCCCCGGCUCGGGCGCCUGCGAGGGGCUGGCCUGUGGCUACGGCUGGAACUUCACCGAGUGUGCCCACCAGCACAGCUGCCGCUAUGGCCUCAUCAACUACUACCAGACCAUGAGCAUGGUGUCGGGCUUCGCGCCCCUGAUCACGGCCGGCAUCUUUGGGGCCACGCUCUCCUCCGCCCUGGCCUGCCUCGUCUCCGCCGCCAAGGUCUUCCAGUGCCUGUGCGAGGACCAGCUGUACCCACUGAUCGGCUUCUUCGGCAAGGGCUACGGCAAGAACAAGGAGCCCGUGCGCGGCUACCUGCUGGCCUACGCCAUCGCCGUGGCCUUCAUCAUCAUCGCUGAGCUCAACACCAUUGCCCCCAUCAUCUCCAACUUCUUCCUGUGCUCCUACGCCCUCAUCAACUUCAGCUGUUUCCACGCCUCCAUCACCAACUCGCCCGGGUGGAGACCCUCGUUCCAAUACUACAGCAAGUGGACGGCGCUGUUCGGGGCGGUCAUCUCUGUGGUCAUCAUGUUCCUUCUCACCUGGUGGGCAGCCCUCAUCGCCAUCGGCGUCGUUCUCUUCCUCCUGCUCUACGUGAUCUACAAGAAGCCAGAGGUGAACUGGGGCUCCUCGGUUCAGGCCGGCUCCUACAACUUGGCCCUGAGCUACUCGGUGGGCCUCAACAAGGUGGAGGAUCACAUCAAGAACUACCGCCCCCAGUGCCUGGUGCUCACGGGGCCCCCCAACUUCCGCCCGGCCCUGGUUGACUUUGUGGGCACCUUCACCCGGAACCUCAGCCUGAUGGUCUGUGGCCACGUGCUCAUUGGACCCCAUAAACAGAGGAUGCCUGAGCUCCGGCUCAUUGCCAAUGGGCACACCAAGUGGCUGAACAAGAGGAAGAUCAAGGCCUUCUACUCAGACGUCAUUGCCGAGGACCUCCGUAGUGGUGUACAGAUUCUCAUGCAGGCCACAGGUCUUGGGAGAAUGAAGCCCAACAUUCUGGUGAUUGGGUUCAAGAAGAACUGGCAGUCGGCUCACCCGGCCACGGUGGAGGACUACAUUGGCAUCCUGCACGAUGCUUUUGAUUUCAACUACGGUGUGUGUGUCAUGAGGAUGCGCGAGGGGCUCAACGUCUCGGAAGUGAUGCAGGCACACAUUAACCCAGUGUUUGACCCAGUGUUUGACCCAGCGGAGGACAGCAAAGAAGCCGGCACCAGCGGGGCCAGGCCAUCUGUCUCGGGCACACGUCAGUCCCCACCCCACUCAAGGCGCUCUCACCUCGUGGGGCAGCUAGUGGGGGGCCAUGAGGGAAGCUGGUCAAGGGCAGGAGUGGACCCCGAGGCCCUGGUACGGGAGGAGCAGGCCAGCACCAUCUUCCAGUCUGAGCAGGGCAAGAAGACCAUAGACAUCUACUGGCUAUUUGACGACGGAGGCCUCACCCUCCUCAUCCCCUAUCUCCUCGGCCGCAAGAAGAGGUGGAGCAAAUGCAGGGUCCGCGUGUUCGUGGGGGGCCAGAUCAACAGGAUGGACCAGGAGAGAAAGGCGAUCGUUUCUCUGUUAAGCAAGUUCCGACUGGGAUUCCACGACGUUCACGUCCUUCCCGACAUCAACCAGAAGCCGCGGGCGGAGCACACCAAGAGGUUUGAGGACAUGAUUGCACCCUUCCGCCUGAAUGACGGCUUCAAGGAUGAGGCUGCUGUCACCGAGAUGAGGCGGGACUGCCCCUGGAAGAUCUCAGAUGAGGAGAUUAACAAGAACAGGGUCAAGUCCCUUCGGCAGGUGAGGCUGAACGAGAUCCUGCUGGAUUCCUCCCAGGACGCUGCUCUAGUGGUCAUUACCUUGCCUAUAGGGAGGAAAGGAAAGUGUCCGAGCUCCCUGUACAUGGCCUGGUUGGAGACGCUGUCCCAGGACCUCAGACCUCCGGUCAUCCUGAUCCGAGGAAACCAGGAAAACGUGCUCACCUUUUACUGCCAGUAACUCCAGGCAUGGCCACACCUGCCCGAAGCUGAGGAGGCCUGGGACAUCUGUUUGUCGGUGGGGACAAGACUCACGUCCUGAUGUACCUUAACUGGUAGCAUCUGAUGAUGCGACUGAAGGAGCUGGUAGAUUUCCAGACUUUGGCUAGACCCCACUCCCAAUGGACACAUCCUCUGGGCUUUGUUUGUAUAGGCUAGGGAAGUAGCAGAUGAAGUUGUGUGGAAAGUUCUCUGGUGGAUAUAUAUUCCUUUUAAGUUUUCUUUUGAUCUUGAUUACAACGAAUUAAGAUUUCCGUCUUUGAUUUAUCUGCAAAUUUGAGUCGGAGUGCUGAGUGUGAAUCUGGAAGUUUCUAGACCUUCCCUAGGAGUGCUCCUUCAGUGUACCUCCCUCCUCCAACAGUCAGGAGGAUGGACACCCCCCUGCAGCCCUUCCAAGGAGGAAUCACAGGGCCCUCUGAGCCUCCAUGAUGCAAUUUCUUUAACCACUUCUCACUCUCUUCACUUUCAAUAAUGUGUCUUCAGCAUUUGGGUUGGUUCUUUAGUAGACGAGGGACUUUCAAACUUGUUUGGGCUGCAACCCCCAGUGAGAAAUAUAUUUUUUGUUGAGACUUGAAACAAACAUACACUGAAACUAUAAAGUGUCACAAAGCGAUACUUAUCCUUA